AUGACCUCCAACACUGACAAUCGUCAAGACGGCCCAGGUCCAGUUCUCUCCAGGAUAUCAGCGAGCACCUCCGAGGAGGAUGUUCUCUGUCCUACUCCACCUCUGCCCCCUGGACCUGAUUCUCAGUACGAGAGAAUUGGAGGCCAAACAGGGACUUCGUUUUUACAGACCCUGAUCCACCUCCUGAAGGGGAACAUCGGUACAGGGCUGUUAGGCCUACCUCUGGCUGUCAGGAACGCAGGCCUUGUGGCUGUUAGGACUACCUCUGGCUGUCAGGAACGCAGGCCUUGUGUUAGGACCUCUGAGUCUGUUUGCCAUGGGGAUAAUAGCAGUCCACUGUAUGAACCUGCUUGUAAUGUGUUCCCACCACCUCAGUGUAAAGUUGACAAGCCCUUUCUGGACUAUGGUGAUGCUGUGCAGUAUGGUAUGGAGAAUGUCUCGUGGCUGAGAAGGUACUCAAUAUGGGGGAGGCGGAUAGUUAACGUGUUUCUGAUCACCACCCAGCUGGGUUUCUGCUGUGUCUACUUCGUCUUCCUCAGUGACAACAUCAAACAGGUGGUGGAAGCUUCUAACGGGACAACCAUGAACUGCRACAACAACCAGACGGCUGUGACCGUCCCCAGCUUUGACUCCCGUCUCUACAUGUUGUGUUUCCUGCCAGCUGUUAUACUCCUGGUGUUCACCCGCAACRUGAAGUACCUGGCKCCCCUCUCUCUGGCAGCCAACCUGGCCAUGUGUGCUAGUCUGGUCCUCAUCUACUUCUUCUGCUUCACGAACAUCCCAAAUCAUAUCAGCCUGCCGAUGGUGGGUCAUGCCAAAGACUACCCUCUCUUCUUUGGAACGGCCAUCUUUGCUUUCGAGGGGAUAGGAGUGGUCCUGCCCCUGGAGAACAAGAUGCAGAAGCCUCAGAGUUUCAAUAUGGUUCUAUAUCUGGGAAUGGGCAUCGUCACCUUCCUCUAUAUCAGCUUGGGGACCAUAGGGUACAUCACCUUUGGAGAGGCCAUAGGGGGAAGUGUCACCCUUAACUUACCCAACUGCUG